AUGUCACAGAGCACAUUCAAGCGCAACGCACACAUAGCGUACUUUAAGCGCUGCCUCACCGUGCUCCCCCAAGCAGCAGAGGAACACGAUGUGAACCGCGUGACCAUCGCGUUCUUCUCCUUGGCCGGCCUCGAGCUGCUCGGCGCCCUCGACCACACAACGCGCACCGGCUGGAUCAAUUGGCUCUGGGAAUUGCAAGCGGCGGAUGGAGGCUUCCGCGGCUCGCCCCUCCCCGGGCCGGGCCACCUGCCUUCGACAUACACUGCGCUCUGUUCACUGGCUCUCCUCCGUGCACCGCUGGAUCGACUCGACCGCCCCGGUCUGAUGAAGUUUCUGCGCGCGUGCCAAGAAGAAGACGGGAGCUUUGCGCCGUCCCCGGGGAUGCCGGGUGCGUUCCAGAACGACACGCGGAUGAGCUACUGCGCGGCGGUGACGCGGGCUGUUGCGCUCAAGGGAGAGGCGGAGGAUGGGAGGAUAAAAGAUAUAGACGUGGGUGCGGCGCGGGCAUUUCUGGGCCGGUGUAGAACAUGGGAGGGCGGUUAUGCGUCGCGCCCCGGCGUGGUCGAAGCCCAGGGGGGAACGACGUACUGUGCCGCCGCGGGGCUGUCGCUACUUGGCGGAGUCGAAGAUGACGGCGAGACGACGCGCUGGAUCGUGCAGCGCCAGCUCGGCGGGUUCCAAGGACGUCCAGGCAAGCUCGAGGACGUGUGCUAUUCCUUCUGGUGUUGCGGCGCGCUUGCAACCUUCGACCGCGAGGCGUUGGUCAACGCGCCUGCUAACACCUCGUUCAUCCUCGACGCGCAGUCCCCCAUCGGAGGCUUUGGCAAGGCGCCGUCCGACUUCCCUGAUCCAUUCCACAGUUACCUCGCCCUCGCAGCCUUGGCCCUAACGCCAGCUCGCGAGGAACUUGGGCUAAAGGCCAUCGACGCCGUGUGGAACCUUCCUGCCGACGCGCGCGACUACCUCCUGGCCUAG